AUGUCUUCUUCACCGUGCAGUGCUGUAAUCAACAUUAUUGCAGCUCAGCAUCGUCAAAAUGCAGCUGCCAGGAAGAAGGCCGCCUUUGACGCAUUGUACGCCCUGGAGGACGACGAAGCUGAUGAGGCAGAAGAUGAGGGUCUCGCUGCUUCCUUCCAACAAGUGAAGGGCAGAACUCUCGGAGAUCCAACCACUUCCCUCUCGCGCUCGCGUCGUACGCCAGGCAGACCUCCAGGCAGCCUUGCACGCUCCGUUUCAAACAUCAACUUACCACUACCACAGUCGACCCAGCAACGUCCAAAUCCAAGAAGGACUAAGAAACCUCUUGAGCUUCUGGACGAGCUCAGCGCUUCUAAUUCUAUAGUCAAAGACACUCCACCAUUACAACAUCACCACACUGUUAUUGGAAUUACUUCACUCGACAGACCUACCGAUGAAACCAUGCCGCCUUCUUCUUCUGCCCCACCUGCCUCUUCCGCAAUUCCCAUGAUCAAGAACAANAAAGGCAAGGGUAAGCAAGCGGCUGAGAUCAAACUUGUACCUGAAAAUCAACGCAUCUUCAAUAACCUCCAUUUCNNUGUAAGUUGCAAGCACGAACAUGCUCAUCUCAUACAGAAUGCUGAAGCUUCAGACUUCUUUCCCAACAGAGAUACACACCCUGGUCGCAGACAAAGGAUUAUCAGGGCCAUAGAGUAUGGCGCAUCGUGGCAGCCUGACUUCAACCAUAGCGUUACUCACAUCAUUACUGAUCGUGAGUAUGACUAUCCGCAAUUAUUGAAGUACCUCAAGAUCAACGAGCUGCCUGCUGGCAUUGUUCUAGUCAAUGAGAACUACCCGCCAUCAUGCAUGGAGUUCUACAAGCUAGUAGAUCCAUCCGGUAUUGAAUUUCGAGUCAAAGGCUACGAGAUGCCUGCUCCUGUUCCAACGGCACAAGCUCCACCGGGACCAUCCCAAGUGUCUGACACGUCUCUGAAACUCAAGCCUGCNAAAAGAAAGGCAGCAGCUCUCUCUUCUCAAUCAACACCUCAACCAGAGGCAAGCCCUAGUGUGGUCUCUCCCGCCGCAUCACCUGCCCCAAUCACUGCCGGCAAGCAGCAAGUCGUGAACAAGGACGAGGACGAACUCGAUUCAGCCAUUAGGGAGGCCAAAGAGUCACAUCCCCUUGCAUCCGACGACGAAGAAGAAGAUGGCAAACGUCAUAAGAGGCGUAAGCCAAGUAGUUGGCAAGACAAGUUCCAAUGCAUGCACAAACACACUGGCCGCAGCGGUGAUCAAGGACCUAAUGCUCAGACCUUGUCCGUUCUACAAGAGCUGGCAGAUUACUACGACCAGACUCGCGACCAGUGGCGUUCGAAAUCGUAUCGCCAGGCCAUCUCGGCACUAAGAAAACAUCCGACAAAGGUGACGACAAAGGAGGAAGGAAUGCGUGUCUACGGCAUCGGCACCUCGAUAGCAGAAAAGAUCGAAGAAAUCGUCAGAACAAGCCAUUUGCGCAAGCUCGACUCUACAAAGAUGGAUGAGCGUCAACAAAUCCUCAACAAGUUCUUGAAGAUAUACGGCGUCGGUCUGCAUGCAGCAGAGCGUUGGGCUAGUGCAGGUCACAAAACAAUCGACGACUUGCUCCAGAAGGCCGAGUUGACGGACAACCAACGCAUCGGCAUCGCUCACUACGACGAUUUCAACAGCCGCGUUCCUCGUGCCGAAGUUGAGAAACACGCUGCUACAGUGAAAGACGCACUCAAAAUCUUGGAUCCAGAAUACAAAAUCUACACUAUGGGCUCCUAUCGUCGUGGCGCUCAAGACUCUGGCGACAUUGAUUUGCUCAUCACGAAACCAGGAGCAUCCAUUGACGAGAUUCGUACAACGGUUAUGGACCGUCUCGUACCGUUACUCACCAAACAAAAGUUCCUGGUUGCAGCACUGGCUCAAACUUCACAAUCUGACGGUACCAAAUGGCACGGCGCCUCCUGUCUGCCAGACAGCAGUAUCUGGCGUCGUAUCGACUUGCUCCUUGUGCCAGAAGAAGAGCUCGGAGCCGCCUUACUCUACUUUACUGGCAACGACAUCUUCAACCGCAGCAUGAGACUGUUGGCCAGCAAGAAAGGCAUGCGCUUGAAUCAGCGUGGACUCUACAAGGAUGUAUUGAGGGACUACGGCCGUGAAAAAUUGAGCGAGGGCACGCUUGUGGAAGGCAGAGAUGAGCGAAAGAUCUUUGAGGCGUUGGGUGUUCCUUGGAGACCACCAGAACACAGAAUCUGCUAG